CGGAUGUCGUUUCUCCUGACCGGAUGGUGUCUGUGUAGAGGAAGUUUUGUUUUGCGAGUUUUCCGUCCGUCUCGACUGACUGAGUGUUUAGUUAAUGCGUUUAAAAGAACACGAAAUGAUAUUAGUGUGAAUUGCAUUACCGGUAACCGCUCAAGUGUUCAAGAGGGAGGAAAGGCCCGAGCUGUUUGAAGCGGCGGAACUCAACAGAGUAACCCGAGAGCACCUUGCUGCUAAGCUAACGUUAUCUAGCUAGUUAGCGCGGCUAGCGUUAGCCUCUGGUUUGCGUUGUGUUGAGGGGGCUCCUCUGAGCUAACGAAGCCAUGGGGAACCGGGGCAUGGAAGACCUGAUUCCCCUGAUCAACAAGCUUCAGGACGCUUUCAGCUCCAUUGGCCAGAGUUGCAAUUUAGACCUUCCUCAGAUCGCUGUGGUCGGCGGACAGAGCGCUGGGAAAAGCUCAGUCUUGGAAAAUUUUGUUGGCAGGGACUUUCUUCCACGUGGAUCAGGCAUUGUUACCCGCAGACCUCUCAUUUUGCAGCUGGUCAACAAUAAAGCAGAAUAUGCUGAAUUCCUGCACUGCAAAGGGAAGAAGUUUGUGGAUUUUGAUGAGGUGCGGUCGGAAAUUGAGGCAGAGACUGACAGGAUAACAGGCUCCAACAAAGGCAUCUCUCCCAUCCCAAUUAACCUGAGAGUCUACUCCCCACACGUACUGAACCUGACCCUGAUAGACCUUCCGGGAAUGACUAAGGUUGCCGUCGGAGACCAGCCCCAGGACAUUGAGCACCAGAUCAGGGACAUGCUGAUGCAGUUCAUCACUAAGGAGAGUUGUCUCAUCCUGGCCGUCACCCCUGCCAACACUGACCUGGCCAACUCAGAUGCCCUGAAGAUCGCCAAGGAGGUGGACCCACAGGGUCUGCGUACCAUUGGUGUUAUAACAAAACUGGAUCUGAUGGAUGAAGGGACAGAUGCAAAAGACAUCCUUGAAAAUAAGCUGCUGCCGCUGCGUAGAGGCUACAUUGGUGUGGUGAACCGCAGUCAGAAAGACAUUGAUGGGAAGAAGGACAUUCGUGCUGCUCUAGCUGCAGAGAGGAAGUUCUUCCUUUCCCACCCUGCCUACAGACACAUGGCAGAGCGUAUGGGCACGCCACAUCUACAAAAGGCACUCAACCAGCAAUUGACCAACCACAUCAGAGACACCCUACCUGGUCUGCGCAGUAAGCUGCAGAGUCAACUCCUCUCCCUGGAGAAGGAGGUGGAGGAGUACAAGAACUUCCGUCCAGAUGACCCAACACGCAAGACGAAGGCCUUGUUGCAGAUGGUGCAGCAAUUUGGUGUGGACUUUGAGAAGUGCAUCGAAGGCUCAGGGGAUCAGGUGGACACCAACGAGCUUUCAGGUGGUGCCAAGAUCAACCGCAUCUUCCAUGAACGCUUCCCCUUUGAAUUGGUCAAGAUUGUGUUUGAUGAGAAGGAGCUAAGGCGAGAAAUCAGUCACGCAAUCAAGAAUGUCCACGGUGUCAGAACGGGGCUGUUCACUCCAGACCUGGCGUUUGAGGCCAUCGUGAAAAAGCAGAUCGUUAAGCUGAAAACACCCUGUCUCAAAUGUAUCGAUCUGGUCAUUCAGGAGCUCAUCAACACAGUCAGGCAGUGCACCAACAAGCUCAAUUCUUACCCCAGACUGAGAGAGGAGACCGAGAGGAUUGUCACCACCCAUGUCAGAGAAAGAGAAGGGAAGACCAAGGACCAGGUUCUGCUGCUGAUUGACAUUGAGCUGUCCUACAUCAACACCAACCAUGAGGACUUCAUAGGCUUUGCUAACGCCCAGCAGAGGAACACAGCUGCAAACAAGAAGAGGGCCAUACCUAACCAGCUUGGCGGACUGGGAGAGGUCCUCGAGGAGAAGGUGAUCAGGAAAGGCUGGCUAACCAUCAACAUCAGCAUCAUGAAGGGUGGCUCCAAGGAGUACUGGUUUGUCCUGACCGCCGAGUCCCUGUCCUGGUACAAAGAUGAGGAGGAAAAAGAAAAGAAGUAUAUGCUGCCUUUGGAUAACCUGAAGAUCAGAGAUGUGGAGAAAGGCUUUAUGUCCACAAAGCACAUCUUCGCAAUCUUCAACACUGAACAAAGGAACGUGUAUAAGGAUCUUCGCCAAAUAGAACUGGCCUGUGAUUCUCAAGAGGAUGUGGACAGCUGGAAAGCAUCCUUCCUCAGGGCAGGAGUUUAUCCAGAGAAGGAUCAGACGGAGAAUGAAGAGGCUGCCCCCGCAGACACGUUCUCCAUGGACCCUCAGUUGGAGCGACAGGUGGAAACCAUCCGCAACCUGGUCGAUUCGUACAUCGGCAUCAUCAACAAAUCCAUCAGAGACCUCGUGCCCAAGACCAUCAUGCAUCUCAUGAUCAACAGUGCAAAGGAUUUCAUCCACUCAGAGCUGCUGGCCUACCUCUACUCAUCUGGGGAUCAGAACAGUCUGAUGGAGGAGUCAGCCGACCAGGCCCAGCGUAGAGACGAAAUGCUACGCAUGUAUCAUGCACUCAAGGAGGCGCUGCACAUUAUUGGCGACAUCAGCGCCAACACUAUCUCCACCCCAGUACCCCCACCCGUAAAUGACACCUGGCUCCAAGAAGCCAGCCCAACCCCUCAGCGUAGGCCGCCUCCUGCAGCAGCCCCACCCCCCAGCCGUCCGCCUGCUGUUCGGGGUCCAACACCAGGACCACCCAUGAACCCUUCCCCUGCCUUCGGAGUGCCGCUCAACCCCUCUCCCGCCUUCGGUGCACCACCAAUCCCCUCUCGCCCGGGCCAGCCCAUGAACGCCUUCAACAGCGGCCAGGAUCCCUUCAGCGCACCCCCACAGAUCCCCUCCCGGCCCGCCCGCAUCCCACCAGGUGUACCCAGCCGAAGACCCCCCGGCGCUCCUUCUCACCGGCCCACCAUUAUCCGCCCUGCUGAGCCCUCCCUGCUAGACUAGACCUGUGGCCAAGCCCACCUAUGUGUGUGUGUUUGUGUGUGGGUGUGUGUAUCUGCACACUGUAGGGCAGGGGCUCGAGGUGGAGGGGCCGACUGAUAGCGGUGCAUAAUGUGCAUCGCCCAGCCGUAUUAAUGUCUAUUCAAGCAAUGUUAAUAAGCUGCUAAUACCGUCUUUAUCAGUGCACAUGAAAGAAAGACAGCCCUUAACCACUUGAAUAUUACAGUCGACUGCUGUGGAAACUGUAUCAUACAACAGAAAACCCAGCUCAUCAGUGGGAUGCAUUAGCUUCUGUUAAUGGGAGAUAAUGUAUCAAAUUGAGCCUGAGAGCUUUUCUUUUUUUAUUGUAAUAACUGGUUUAUUUCCUCUGACAAGGUUCCUGGCAAAAGCCCAUUCAAUAACUUAUUAACCGUUACAGGCUGGCUUUCUCCCCUCCCUCCACCUUUUUUAGAUCAGCCCAGACGCCCCAAGUCUAGAUCUCUGUGUCAUAUACACACUUGGUUUUCAUUUUCCUAACUGAUUUCAUACUGAAAAACAAUAGCUUAUUAUUACUGUUGUUAUUUUGGUGGUGUCGAUUACAUGCCCCCCUUUGUUAUUUUAUUUGAGUGACUUUGUCCUUUUUAAUGACUGUCAUAAAUGUAGCUUUAAAAAUGAAAUCUUAAUCUCAGCAAAAGCAAAGCAUGAAAAGACAGGACAGGGUUGCAUGCAACUGAGAGAGCAGCUUCAGCUCCCCCUUCUGUAAAAUAUCCCUCCCACAAUGAAAAGAUGUCAGCCAGAUUGACCAUUAAUAAUCCAAGCACUUCUAACCAUCUAGCCUUACAGCAAAGCCACUCAUAACGGGAAUGGUGUAAUCCGUUACCAGAACACUAUGCACAAAAAACCCAGGAGAAGGAGAGAGACAGGCACGAAGGUUGUCUGCACUUUCGCAUACUUUUUUCUCUCCUCUAAUUCUGAAUCGUAAAAGCCUCAAAUUUUAAUCCCUUUUAGUCUCAGCUGAACCUCCAAUAAGGCCUUCAGGCUUCGGGUAGACUUUGUUCAUUCCUGGAUUAGUUGAUUCAUAUAGAGCGGAGCACACAGUACAGUUUCCUCUCUGAGAGUUGAUAAAAUCCACGAAGCGGCGGGAUCUGUCGAUGAGGACGGGGUCUGUGAUAUAAAGUAUAAAGAUGGUAUUAAGCAUUGAGGAGUUGGCACAUCUCUUUCUGUGCUCAGUCGUCAAGGACAUUUAUUACUGCUAUCAGUUCUGCUUCCAUGCAUCAAAAAUAUCAUUGUAUAUAGCUGGCCUAUACUGGGGAAUUAGCACUUGUAUUUCAUUUAAUCGCAGGGGUCAUAACAAGAGCUAAAAAUGCAGCUGUAGGUGUCAUUAAGGGGAAGCACUAACACUGUCAUUUCAUUAGCUUUGGGUGUAGGGAAAAAGAUUGGUCAUCUCCUGAUGCAUUAUUUAUAAUCUGGGCAUUUAUUGUAUCAGCUCUGUAUAACUGUAUGCUACUCAGCCCCCCCGCCCCCUCCCCCCAAGCUUCUACUGGACUGUUAUUCGGGGAUCUGCUACAGGGAUUAGCUGUCUGUAAACGUGUUGUAUGUUGGGAAGGCACCUGGGUCUGAACAUACACGGACUGUGAUUAUUUGAUAAUGAAUACCUUUUUGAUUGCUCUUUGAACAUUUAAAAUCAAUUUUUCUUGAACCUUUUUGUUUAGGUGUUUGGGGGAAAAACCGGUCAGGCGGGGAUUACUUAGGUUACUUGGAUGUUUUCCCUUUUUGGUUUGAUCAGUAGAGGUGGUGAGCAGGUGGUGGGAGUUGUGGUGUAUGAAGGCACAUCCUGUCUUGAGAAGCUGUCUAGACUAUUCUCAUCACAGAGGAUAGAAACCCUAAUUCGCCAAUCUGACGAGACAAAGAAGAGUUCAAAAAUGUCCCAAACCAUGGACUUGAGACAGAAUGUGCCUUUUCUUCCCCUGCAUUUCUCUACAGGUCUGGCUUUCAGUGACAGUGCCAGUUCUUGGAAAACAACCCAGAAUCUUUCAAUUGAAGAGCCUUCAUCUUAGAUCUUCCACAGACACCUGAUACACAAAGUUUAGCGCUUCAUGAGAUAAACUGGCCAAUUCCUUUAUGCCUGUCACUUCAGCCUGCCCUCGAGAAGCCCAGACUGUAAAUGCCCAGUAAUACAUUAGGUUGUACCCUGCCUCCUUCCUCUUUCCUUCCCCUGUCUGGAUCUGGUGGAAGGGGUCGGAAACCAACCUGCAAAAAUCUUUUUCUUUUUGUUUUGCGAAACCCUUGUCAAGUGCCUCUGUAGCAGUUGAUUUGAAUAAAAACAAAAAUGAACUAAUUUAGAAAAGGAGAGUAAAUAAAGAGGUGUUGUGUACAAUAAAGGGACUGGCUCUGGUG